AUGUCAUCUUUAUUGAGAGCAUUAGGACCCAAAGGACUAUACUGCCGAAAUUUUAUAACUCCUGCCCACCAACAAGUUCGGCAUCGUUCUAGAUUACCAAUGAAUACUGUCCUAUUAUUUGUACCACAACAAGAAGCUUGGAUUAUAGAACGAUUUGGCAAAUAUCAUCGAAUCCUACAACCAGGGUUAAAUUUGAUUCUUCCAGUCGUAGAUGCCAUUAAAUAUGUCCAGAGUCUUAAAGAAAUUGCUAUUGAUAUUCCACAACAGAGUGCUAUUACAAUUGAUAAUGUAACCUUGCAGAUUGAUGGUGUUCUUUACCUACGGGUCAUUGAUGCUUAUAAAGCAAGUUAUGGUGUAGAAGAUGCUGAAUAUGCGAUUACACAAUUAGCACAGACCACAAUGAGAUCUGAGAUUGGUAAGAUUAGUCUUGAUACAGUGUUCAGAGAAAGGGAGUUACUGAAUUUUGCAAUUGUUGAAGCUAUUAACAAAGCUGCAGAAGCUUGGGGUAUUGACUGCUUGAGAUAUGAAAUCAGGGACAUGAAAUUGCCUAAUCGUGUCCAAGAAGCGAUGCAAAUGCAGGUUGAAGCAGAAAGAAAAAAACGAGCUGCCAUAUUAGAAUCAGAAGGAGUGCGAGAAGCAGAAAUCAACGUAGCAGAAGGAAAGAAACAGUCCAUCAUUCUUGCAUCAGAAGCUAAUAAGCAAGAACAAAUUAAUGGAGCAGCAGGAGAGGCAAAUGCUAUUGUUGCUAAAGCAAAGGCUAAAGCAGAAUCUAUUCGGUUGUUAGCAGAAUCGAUUGGGGAAGAGAAUGGUACUAAUGCAGUUGGAAUGAAAAUUGCAGAGCAGUAUGUGGCUGCAUUUAACAAUUUGGCUCAAAAAGGAAAUACUGUGAUAAUUCCUUCUACUACAAAUGAUGUGUCCAGUAUGGUAGCACAAGCUAUGACUAUAUACAAGAAUCUUAGUUCAGAACCUGCACCUUCUUCAGAAGAAUCAAAUGCAUCUGCAGGACGUUUUUACAAAGACCCCAACUUUCCAGUUUUAAGCUUGUUACAGAAUCUCUUUUCCUUAUUAAAAAUAUUAGGAGGCCCAGGUUGGGACAUAUUCAUAUGGAAUUAUGUGUUUACUAUGAAUUAA